UAUUGUUAUUUCUGAGUCGCUGGAGUUUUCGUCUACAAAAUUUUUACAAAAAGUGGUACUAUAAUGCAUAAAAAAUCAAAAAUUGUAAGCAACAAAAGGCAACUAGCGCGGUUGGUCGAGCUGAUGCAGGAGAAUGAGGACAUUGGUAAAGGAAUUUGCGGAAAGAGUAGGGCGAAACCAAGAUGGGAAGCCAUUGCAGUGGAGCUUAACAGCUUGGGACCACCAAUGCGUUCUUGGGAAAAGUUGUUAAAGGUUUGGACAAAUUUAAAGAGCAAAACAAAGAAGAAAGUAUCAGAAAAUGGAUCGGAGUUUCGUGCAACUGGAGGAGGCCAAAACAACCUGCAUACCCUUACGCCACUAGAGGAAGCUGUAGUCAACUUUUUAAAGUACGACAUUUGUGUCAAUCCUCCAGGUGAAGAAAUCGGAAGCAGCGCUUCAAGAGCUCAUUCGGUGGAAAUCAAUGAGCAGGAAAAUUUCUUUAGCGAAAUUUAAAGGGAAGCCUUGGAAGACUCAGAUACGCGAGGAACCCAAGAAUGCGAAAUAGAACCACAGCGUAUUUCCAAGCAAAGAAAAAAAAAAUUGCUAUUCAAAGCAAAAAAGAAUGGCGUUGCUUGAAAAACAAGUACAACGUCAAUCGGAACAUUUUGAGGCCAUGGAAGCAAAUGCUUAAGAAAUAAAAGAUAGUCUUAGACAAAUUGAAAGCAACACAAGGAAAUCUUAUAGACUUCAAAACGAAAGACUGACUUUAGAAAAAGAAAAACUUAAAUUAGUAAAAGAAAAACUUAAAUUAAAAAAAGAAAAGAUGGCACUUCUUAAAGAAGAAGUUGUAAAUAAAGCCAGAAAUAGGCUAGAUAAACUGUGGUUAAAAGUGCAGCUGUUGGAGAUGCAAAAGGAAAACCUAAUGCAAUAGUUUCACGAUAUAUUUAAGUUUAGUUUAAGGAUAUAUUUAAGCUUGGACCUGAAUUAAUGUGAUUCUGAUUUUAUGUGAUUUAACCAACAAACCAACUUAAGUUUUUUUUAUGAAAAUAAGUUUUUGUUUUUUUCUUUAACUUUUUACUUCUAGUUUUAAUUAAAUGACUGAAUCGAGCAAUAAAUAUACGAAAUGAAGUGAUAAAAAAUG